AUGGCAAACCGGACUUUCCAGUAUAAUUCAUUUGCAUCUACUGACAUAGCAGCUGGGGCCCAGGCGGUCAAUCGUAGCUCAGUGGCAGCUUUGACCUUUUUUGUCUGGGAUAUUCUUAUAACUCUUGAUGAUGAGAUUGAUUUGAUUUGGCCACCCAUUCAUGACAGACCACUCCUCCUCGUAGGUUCCGAGCUCACACCGUAUUUCCAUUUCACGCCUCGUGAUUGUUACAUUUGGCAAGUAUACCAGGGUGUUGCAAUGCUCGUUGUCGUUGCACUCACGGAUAUCAUCCUUCUUUUGAGAGUCAAUGCCAUGUAUAACCAGCAAAUUGUAGUUCGCCGUACUGUUACCUUCCUAUUUUUGCUGGAAAUCGUUGGCAUGUCUACGGGUCUGGCCCUUGCACUUCCUGGGAUACAAUAUGAUCUCCUCUGCGUUGAUACCCACGUCCCUCUUACAAUUGCUUCCUAUGGGUGA